CAAACACACCUCACAUUUCCCUCUCACUCUCUCUCUCUCUCUCUGUUGAAAAGUAAUCAACCUUUACAAUUUAUUUUCUCUCACUUUCUCUCUUUCCAAACAGAACCACUCUUUUCUUUAUUUUCUUUCUCUGACAUAUCUCUUGCUAAUCGUACUUCUCUUGUCCUUGUUUACGAGAUUUGUCUCUUUUCUCUCGAAAGCACUUUAACCUUUCGAUUCUUAUUUCCCUCUCUUCGAUCAUGCUUCAAAGCUUAGUUCCUCAAUCGCCAAUAAAUUCCACCCCUACCACUACCAAUUCUACUUCCUCCAUGAAGACAAAGCGCGUCGAUAGAGACGCCUCAGGCGAUGAUCCUUCCUCCAAGCGACCUAAUUUUUCCAGCGAAGCUACUGUCUCUGGCGAUAAAACCACUGCUGAGGAAGAUUCUACAGAGACUACAGGUCUUAGGCUUCUUGGCCUCUUGCUACAAUGCGCCGAGUGCGUCGCCAUGGACAACCUUGACGACGCCACCGAUCUCCUCCCAGAGAUCUCGGAACUCUCAUCUCCAUUCGGAUCGUCUCCUGAGCGCGUCGGUGCUUACUUCGCUCACGCGCUUCAGGCGCGUGUGGUUAGCUCCUGCUUAGGUACUUAUUCACCUCUAACAUCCAAAUCGUUAACUCUAACUCAGUCUCAAAAAAUCUACAACGCUUUUCAGUCCUACAAUUCUAUCAGUCCAUUAAUCAAGUUCUCUCACUUCACUGCCAACCAAGCAAUCUUCCAAGCAUUGGACGGUGAGGAUUGUGUCCACGUUAUCGAUCUCGAUAUUAUGCAAGGUCUUCAAUGGCCAGGGCUUUUCCACAUACUCGCUUCAAGGUCUAAGAAGAUCCGAUCCAUGAGAAUAACCGGGUUCGGAUCUUCCUCCGAGUUGCUCGAGUCAACUGGUAGAAGACUCGCCGAUUUCGCCAGCUCACUCGGUCUGCCUUUCGAGUUCCAUCCUGUGGAAGGCAAAAUUGGAAACGUAACGGAUGUCAGUCAACUCGGGGUUAGAUCAAGAGAAGCGGUAGUGGUUCACUGGAUGCAUCACUGUCUUUACGAUAUAACAGGAAGUGAUUUAGGGACGUUGAGAUUGUUGACUUUGUUGAGGCCCAAAUUGAUCACGACCGUUGAACAAGACCUAAGCCAUGGGGGCAAUUUUCUAGGGAGGUUCGUGGAGGCCUUGCAUUAUUAUAGUGCUUUAUUUGAUGCAUUAGGGGAUGGAUUAGGUGCUGAUAGUGUAGAGAGACAUACGGUGGAGCAGCAGUUGUUUGGAUGCGAGAUUAGGAACAUUGUGGCCGUAGGUGGGCCCAAGAGAACAGGUGAGGUGAAAGUAGAGAGAUGGGGAGAUGAGUUGAAACGGGUCGGGUUCCAACCUGUAUCUCUUGGGGGAAACCCGGCUACUCAAGCUAGCUUGCUACUAAGUAUGUUCCCUUGGAAAGGAUAUACUUUGGUUGAAGAGGAAAAUGGUUGCUUGAAGUUGGGAUGGAAAGAUUUGUCUGUGUUGACUGCAUCUGCUUGGCGGCCGUUGGAUUAGAUUACUUUUAUCAAAAAAAUGGAUUGAUGAAAACGAUGAGAUCAAUCAUUGGUGUAAUCGAGUUUGCACGUUGAUAGGGGGGGAAGAAGACAAGAAGUGCUGAGUCAAUUAUUAAAUGGCGUUGAUAGUCUUGAAGAAAAAUCAGAUAUUUGUAAUAAAAAAAUUGAAAGAAAUGGUAAUGCCAUUGUUUAGAAUUUUUAUUCUUAACAAUUUCUUUUUCCCAUUC